AAAAAUGAGGCCAAUCUUUUGUGGAAACUUUGAUUUCGAUGCACGUUCUUCUGAUCUGGAGCGCCUUUUCAGACGAUAUGGCAAAGUUGAUAGAGUGGAUAUGAAGUCUGGAAUUUAUUGGCAUAAUCUUAUCUUCCUUGGCUGAUGGAUGGGCCAUUCCCUCUAUUACCGCUUAUGUCACUCUGUCCUCUUCUUGUUCAAAGAAGAGCCUGUCUGAUCCAUCCCCGAUGGCACUACCAUCCCGCACUUGCACAUCAUUGCCUCCUAUUCCCUGUGACAUUUGUCCAGCCUCUAAUUUCGGACACAUUUCAUGGUACAUACCUUGCCGACCUCGCAGCGGCAGCAGCAUGCAUACACGGAGAUGUCCCUACUAUCACUAUCAUCAUACCAUGAACUUUUGGAAUUUGUUCUUGCCAUCAUUUAGUCGAUCUCAAAAGGAUUUGCAUUCGUUUAUAUGGAUGAUGACAGAGAUGCUGAAUAUGCAAUUCGAGCGCUUGAUAGAUCUGAAUUUGGUAGAAAAGGGCGGAGGCUUCGUGUUGAAUGGACAAAGCAUGAACGAGGUGGCCGAAAACCAGUCAGCACUAAAAGAUCUGCCAAUCUAAGGCCUUCUAAGACCUUAUUUGUUAUUAAUUUCCCUUAUGAUACCAAGACAAGGGAUUUAGAAAGGCAUUUCGAUCCAUAUGGGAAGAUUGUAAAUGUAAGGAUUAGAAGAAAUUUUGCAUUCGUGCAGUAUGAGGACCUGGAGGAUGCUAUUAAAGCUCUGGAAGCAACAAACUCGAGCAAGAUGUUGGAUCGAGUCAUAUCGGUUGAAUAUGCUGCUCGUGAUGAUGAUGACAACAGAAGAGGUGGUCAGAGCCCAGAAAGGAGAGGCCGUGACAGGUCACCUGAUCGUAGGAGGAGGUCACCAAGUCCUUAUAAGAGAGAGAGAGGAAGUCCUGACUAUGGAACUGGCUCUAGCCCUGCUGGCGGCUACAGGAGAGAGAGAGGCAGCCCUGAAUACGGGAAUGGCUCAAGCCGUAGUCCUCGGCGAGUGCAAAGGACAAGGAGUCCCGAAUACGGGAAUCGCUUAAGCCGUAGUCCACCUCGUCGAGUACAGAAGAGCCCGGAAUAUGGAAACGGUUCGAACCGUAGUCCUCGUCAGACAUCAAGGAACAGCCCACAUUAUAGCCGUGCACGGAGUUCCAGCCCUCGUCACGAAGAGAAGCUUUCUGAUUUACGUGAUCGUAGUCGAAGUCGAAGUCCCCGUGGAGAAAGAAACGGGAAUGGUCAUGGUCGUGGCCCAAGCUCGAGCCCGUAUCCUGAGGAAGGGGCCAUAUCUGAUGAUGCCCAAGAACCUUCCAGGAGUCCGGUUAUUAACAAGCCUGAUUUGAGAGAUAGCCCUGCUGGUGAAUAUGCAAGUCCAGUGGAUGACAGAUAUAGAAGUCCCUCACCUCCAGUGCGCGAAAGAUCACAGUCUUGAUCUUGCUUUGCUUCAAUCUUGGUCCAUAUGUUUGGCUGCUUUCCAUUUCUGAAAGGUGGUAAGAUAUGACAUGGUCUUGAUUUGCUUCAAUUUAUGUUAAGACAAUUUGUAGUUUAUAGCCGAAACAUUAGUAGCUUAGUCCAGGUCUGUAUUCCAGUAUUAUGCGAUUGUCACCAACCUUCAAUGACUACUAUUUAUAUUUGUUGAAAAUCUUAA